AUGUCUUCCAACAACACCAGCAACCCCGCCUCCAACCCUGGCCUCGUCUCCGGCCACGCCGAGUACGUCAAGGGCGCCGCAGAGAGCACCAUCGGCUCCCUGACGGGCAGCAACGCGUGGCAGAAGUCGGGCGAGCAGGCCAAGGCGCACGCCGUCGACACGAUGAAGCAGGCCUCGGCGGACCGGGACCCGGCUAGCAGCGGGUACGGCCGCGCCGAGGAGAUCGCCGGCAAAGUGACUGGCUGCGAGGGCAUGCGCGAGGAAGGUGCUGCGAGUGCCGAGAGGAAGCAAUAG